AUGGUAACUGAUAAUAAUAAUAAUAAUAAUAAUAACAAUUUCUUUGAAGAAAUUGAUGAUCAAGAUUGGAUAUUAGAAAAACCAAUAUCAGUAUUUGCGUUGGAUCCAGCUGAUCGACGAGUUUUAAAAGUAGCUGACCAACGUGAUGCUGUACAGAAAAAAACAUUUACAAAAUGGAUGAAUUUUUAUUUCUUACAAAGAAAUGGUUUAUAUGUUGAUGAUUUAUAUCUUGAUUUAAGAGAUGGACAUUUACUAUUAUCUUUACUAGAAAUAUUUACUAAUCAAACAAUUCCCCGAGAACGAGGUACAUCAAAAUUUCAUGCAUUAAGAAAUAUUGAACGAUGUCUUCAAUGUCUUGAACAAGAUCAUAAUAUUCGUCUGGUAAAUAUCCGACCUGAAGAAUUAGUUAAUGGUAAUCCUAAAUUGACAUUAGGGCUCAUUUGGCGUAUUAUUCUUCAUUUUCAAUUUUCUGAUCUAAAUUUACCUUCAUCCAAUGAGAAUAUUUCAAUAAAUUGUCAACGAACAAUACCAUCAUCCGAAUCAAUAUCAACAAAAAAUUCUUCUAAAAAUUUAUCAAUCGAUCAAGUACCAUUAGAUUAUCGUAAUAUGUUAUUAAUAUGGGCUCGUCAACAAUGUCAAGGUUAUCCAGGAAUCUAUAUUGAAGAUUUUACCCGUUCAUGGCGUAAUGGUCGAGCAUUUCUUGCCAUACUUCAUCGACAUAAUCCACAUUUAAUUGAUAUGAAACAAGCAUAUUGUCGUUCAAAUCGAGAAAAUCUUACUCAAGCUUUUGAAUUCGCACAAAAACAUUAUGGAAUUACACAACUUAUCGAUCCUGAAGAUAUCGAUACUGAUGAAUCUGAUGAAAAAAGUAUUUUACUAUAUAUUGCCUAUUUAUAUAAAGCUUGUCCAACAAUACCAAUUCAUCCAUUACGACAAGAACAUGAUCGAAUUCGACUUCAAGAUGAAUUAUCGUCGAGAUAUAUAAAUAUUGCAUCUGAUCUUUUUAAAUGGAUAAGAAUGAAAUUAGAUUUUUUAAAUCGUGAAAUCAAAUUUAAAACUCUCCAAGAAUUUCAAACAUUUGAAAAUAUUUUACAAAUAAUAAAAAAUGAUGAAUUAUCAAAAUAUAAUCAAUUAUUACAUCAAUUACGAUCGAUUGAUGUUGAACUUAAGACUUUACAAUUCCAUGAAUCAUUACAACCUGAUAUUGAAUCAAUAAAUUUAGCUUGGAAUGAACUUGAAAUAAAUCUUCAUCAAAUUGAAAAUGAUCUUAAAAAAUACAAAAAAUUAAUAAUUGAUUUAGAUUUAAUUGAACGUGAUAUUACAAAUAUUGAAAUAAAAUCAAAACAAUUUGAUACUCUUUCAAUAAUGAAUCAUAUGAAUGAAAUACAAAUAAAAUUAGAUCAAAUAUUAAAUCAUUGUCAAACAUUAUUAUUAUCAAAUGAACAAACUCAAGAUCUUCUUGAACGUAUUCAUCAAUUAAAUUUACGUGUUAAUAUUCAUUUAACUUUAUCAUCAACAAUAACAAAUGAUUUUCGUCCAAUAUCAAAACAAACGACAUGUUCUUCUCCAUCAACUGAUAUUGAAAAACUAAAUGUUAUUGUAACCGGAGAUUUUAGACAAGAUGUUAAUACAUCACAAUCUAAGAAUAUUGAUGUAAUACAAUCUAAUAGAAAAAAUUUAGUUGAAGAACUUAAUGUAAUUAAUUCAAAUUUAAAUAUACUUGGUCAAUUACUUCAAAAACGUAUAACACAUUUAUUACAAACUGAUUUACUGACAUCCAAUGAUCAUUUUCUUACAUUUUGUGAACAAGUAAUGCAGCGAUCUUUUUCUUCUUCAUACGCUGAUCAGCGUAAUAACCAUCGUUCAUCAAUGACAACGGGUCGACAUUUGCCGAUUCAUUUUGCUUGUAAUAACAGCAAUGAUUAUUACAUGUCUGACACUGAUUCUCAGCAUCAAACAUAUCUUCAACGAACAUCAUCAACAAGUAGUUUCUCUUCAACAGGUUCAGCUUGCAGUGCUAGUUAUCGUAUUUUACCAGUGCGUUAUUCAUCAGUAGAUAGAAUUAUAUCAAAACCAGCAACAAUAACAGCUAAUGAACGUGGUAUUAAUGUACGCAUAAAUUUUGAUAAUCCACCACCUCAUCAUCAUCAUCAUAAACAUCAUCAUCGACACCAUCAUCAACAUAACAGUGAAAAAUCUGAACACCAUCAUCAUAAACAUAUGACUAAAGAACAUCAACAUUAUGGUUCAUGUCCUGCACUUGAUGGGCAUAAUCGAAAAUUGACAUCAUUAGGUCCAUCAAAUAUAACAUAUAUUGAAACACGAUCAAUUGUACGAGAUUCUUCAAAUGAUCAACUUAAUAAAAAUAAUUAUUCAAAUUCAAUGAUUAAUCAUCAACGAUCGAUUCUUAGACCGUCAAUAACAAGUACACGUAUCAAACAUGAUUUUGAAAAUAAUCUUCUUUCACAAGCAAGUCGUAUUAAAGAUAUUCGUAAUCAAAUACGACAAGAAUAUAAUACAAUAUCACAUCAUGAAUUACGUUCAUUAGUUAAUCAAACAUCAAAUCAUGUACAAAAUCUAUUUACAACAUCAAAAGAUUAUUCUGAUAAAUUGGUUAUUGCUGAAAAUGCUUUAAAUCUUCUAAAUAAUUUAACAUCUCAAAUAAUUGAAUUAGAAACUCGUUUAAUAUCUCAAAAAUCACUUAUUGACGAUGAAAAUUAUUUUCAUCGUCAAUUAAAUGAUCUUAAUGAAUUACAUAAUCAUUCACAAAUACUUGAGAAGUCAAUUACAGAUCUUCUCAUACAAAGUAAACAAUUAGGUAAUGAUAAUUUAAUUCGUAUUAGCGAACACCUAUCAUCACGUUGGAAACAAAUCAUAUCAGAAAUAAUUCAAAGAAAACGAUCAAUUAAACGAGUCAUUGAAACAAAUCGAUCGUUUCGAAAAUUAUUUGAACAAGAAAAACGUCUUCUUCAUCAAGUUGAAAGACGUAUGCAAACUCUUGAAGUUAUAUCAAAUGAAAUGGAGAAACUUCAAAGAAUGGCAAAAAUUGUUAUUGAUUUGUUUAAUGAUAUUCUUUCUCGAGCACAAGCGAUUGAACAUAUGAAUGAUGUUGCUGUCAAACUUAUACAAGAAGCUAAGGUGUAUAACAAAAAUUUGAAACGUUUUCGUGCAUCAUUGCAUGAUUCAAAUUCAAAUCUUAAUGCACCAGUUUCUAAUAAACGACAACAAUGUUCAUCAAAAUUUCAACAUGCAUCUCGAGCUGUUUCAAAUCAAGUUGAAGAAUUUGAUAGACAUUAUGCUAAUCUUCUUGCUAAUAUGGAAGAAUAUACACGUUCAUUUGUAAAGAAUUAUAAUGCAAUUGGACAAAUAAUUAAUCUUCCUCUAGAUUAUGCAUCAACAAUUGUUCAUCUUUAUCGUAGUACAAUCGCAUCUCGAUAUAAUACUACUGCUGAAUCUAUUUUUUCAUCAUCCGAUGAAGAAGAACAAUCAUUUUCAGUAUCGUCCGCAAAACAGAAUCAACAAAAAAAUGAUGAAACAGGUAAUCAAGAUAGUAAUGUUAUUAAAAGUUUUAUUGACUUGUCACACGGAAAGGUCACUGUCGAUCGUCAUCAUCAAUAUCCUUUAUCAUCAUCAGACAAUUCAGUUUCACUUGAAACUACAUAUGUUAUACCAACAAACGAAUUAUUAUCACCAUUUGGAAUAGAUAAUGAUCUAACAAAUAAUAAAAAAGUAAGAUUUAUUAUACAAAAACAACAGUCAACGCCAUCAAUUGUUAAAAGUAAUAUAAUAAUAACAAAUUUAAAAUCCAAUGAAAUGACACAACGAAAAAAUCUUUCUAAUUACGAUUUACGUGAAGCUUAUUCUCGUGGUUUAAUAAAUCCAAACAAUCAUCGUAUUAUCGAUCGUGUUACAUCACGAGAAUUAGAUUUAGGUGAAGCAUUAAAAAUGGGUAUUCUUAAAGUUGGUGACCCACAAUCAUAUAAUAUUAUAUCAAAAACUGAAUCACUUAUUAUUUCAAGUGUAUUUGAUCAUCGUUUAAAUACAUUUGUUGAUCCAAAUAUUGCUAUACGUACAAAAAUUCUUGAUCCUUAUCAUGGGUUAUAUAUAGAUAAUUUAACACAAGAAUCAAUAUCAAUUGAUGAUGCUAUGACAAAAGGUUUUAUUAUCGUUGAACAACAACCUCCAUUACAACAAUCAUCAAGUCAUCAAAAUGAUAAAUAUGUUAUAUCAACAUCAUUAAUACGUGAAACACGAUCUUAUCAUUUAUUAGGUGUUCGUGAUUAUCUUAAUAAUAAAGAAUUAACAGUUCAAGAAGCUAUACGUUUAGGUAUAUUAGAUAAACAAAAUGGACAAUAUAUUAAUCGAAAAACAAAUGAAAUAUUAUCUAUUUCUGAAGCUAUUGCACAAGGACAUAUACGUGCUCAACCAUUACCAGUUGAAUCAGCAUCAAAUCAAGAUAUAUUAGGAACAAAUAAACGUGGUACAGUUAAAGAAACUAAAACAUAUACACUUAAAAGUGCUAUACAUCCUAAAACACGUCAAGAAAUUCCUAUACGUUUAGCUAUUGAUGAAGGAAUAAUUGAUCAUGCUAAAGGUUAUUAUGUAAAUAGUGUAACAGGUGAAAAUCUUCCAAUAAGUGUUGCUAUUGAAAGAGGUUUAAUAUUUACUGAAUUAAUUGAUCAACAUUCAAAACGUUAUAGAAAAACAUUAAUUAUUGAACAAGUUAUUGAUCCUGUUACUAAUCGUCGUUUAGGUGUCAAUGAAGCUAUUAAAAUAGGUCUAUUAAAUUCAAAUAUAACAAUAUAUUAUCAUUCAGUUACACAAAAACAAAUGACUAUACUUGAAGCAUAUGAACAAGGUUUAAUUAUUGGUAAAUUUCAUGAUCAACAUCCACCAUCAUUUUAUGGUGAUCAACAUGAACAAGUUUUUUAUUUAAUAACUGGUAUUACUGAUAUUCGUACAGAUAAAGUUUAUAGUCUUCAAGAAGGUAUACAACAAAAAUUAUUUGAUCAUAAAAAAGGUGUUUAUAUACAUCCAAUAACAGGUGAUGAAAUAAAUAUAGGUGAUGCUGUAAAACGUGGUUAUAUACAAGUACAAGCUGUAUCAUCACAAAUAAUAUUUAAUAAUACAGAUCAAGUAUUAAAUGAAAAACGUCGUACAAUAAUAAGUCAAGAACCGUAUGGUAAUACAAAUGAUUCACGCUCAAAAUUAUCAAUACGUAUUGAAUCACAAGCACGUCCACGUACACCUUAUGAAAUCAAUGAAUCUGAAUAUUUACAACGUGAUAAAGAUGUUGUUGAAAUUGAAUCUAUUCAACGUUUACCAAGACAUAAAAAACAACAUGUUAUUACACGUGAAGAAGAAAUUAUCGAACAACAUACAAAAAAUAUUGUUGAUAGAGAAGUAUUUAUUAAUCGUAGUGGAGUUAAUCGAGCAAAAUCAAAUGAAAAACAAAAACAACAAUAUAUUGAAGAAGUUGUUAUUGAUGAUAGUAUAAAUAAUAAUCGUCGAGCUAAAUUUGAUAUUAAAGAAGAUCGACAUACAUCACAUAGAGAAAUUGUUAUUGAAGGUGAUAGAUAUGCACCACCGCCACCUAAAGAUCAACUUAUUAUAAAUGGUACACAACGUGAACACGAGGUUCGUGUUGUUCCAGCAACUCGUCCACAAAGACCUAUAUCACCACCACGUGCCAUUCACAUAGAUGAUCGUCAACGUGAAGGUCAACGUAUACAUCAUGGUGAAAUUAUUAUUGAUGAUCAUCAACGUCCAUAUACAUCAUCAACAACUCAAACAACAAUAAAAAAAGAAUAUAUUGAUAUAACAGAUAAUCAUGUUAAAACUUCUCCAUUACCAAAACAACAAACAACUGAUUAUACCUAUGAUGAACAACAAUCAUGGACAGAAGAAGAAUGGGAACAAUGGCAUUGUAUAAUGAUGAUUAAAGGUCAACCAUAUCGUGUUGUUUGGGUCAUGAAUACUGCAACAGGUGAUCGUUUACCAUUACAAAAUGCUUUUCAACGUGGUUUAGUUGAUACGAAACAACGCAUAUUUUAUGAUGAAAAAUUAAAUCGUCAAACAUAUUCAUUUGAAAAAGCUGUUGAAUUAGGUUAUAUGGGUAUUGAACCAGAUACAGCAUCAUUACCAAUACAUGUUGAUGGUAUUGAUUAUAUGAUACAUUGGGUAUUAGAUUCAUCAACAAAACGUCGAAUAUUUCCACGACAAGCUGUACGUAAACAAAUUUUAGAACCAAUGUAUGGCCGUUAUAUAAAUCCAUAUAAUAAAUCACAAGUAUCAUUACAUGAAGCUAUUUAUUUAAAAUUUAUUGGUGCUACUGAAUAUAAUACAACAAAUGAUAUAGUAACAGUAACUAUUAAUGGACAAACAUAUAAUAUUAAAUGGGUUUAUGAUACACGUAAUAUGAAAAAAAUUUUACCACGUGAUGCAUUAAAACAAGGUAUUUUGGAUAUACAAUUAAAUGAAUAUCGUAAAUUUGAUACAAAUGAUGUUAUGACUAUAUAUGAUGCUAUACAAGCUGGUUAUAUACGUUGUAAUGAUGAUGAAUCAUCAUCAGAUAAUAGUAUAAGACCACCAUCAAUAAUAUCUGUUGAUGAAGAUGAAUUAACUAUAGCAACAAAAACAGCUACAUAUGUUAUUACAUCCGUUAUACAUCCGUUAACACAAAAAGAAAUUAAAGUAUCAGAAGCUAUUGAUUUGGGUAUACUUGAUAAAGAAGUUGGUAGUUAUCGAGAUUUAGUAACGAAUGUUCAAUAUGAAUUAGCUGAAGCAAUAAAUGAAGGUUUAGUUUAUGCAACAAUAAUUGAAACAAAAGAAGAUACAGAAAUGUUGACAUCAUCAGUACAAGAAAUUGUGAGAAAAUUUAUUGUUAAAAGUGUAGCUGUUGAUAGUGAAUCACAAGAAAAAAUUGGUGGUUUAGAAGCACAAGCUAUUGGCAUACUUAAUUAUGCACAAGGUGUUUAUCAUGAUCGAAAAUAUGGUGUGAAAAUUCCACUUGAUAAAGCUAUUGAAAAGAAAUUACUCGAUGUAGAACUUAUAAGUCAAAAUCGAUUUGAAGAAUAUGAUUUAGAAUUAAUAACUGAUACAAUAACAGAAAAACGUAUAACUAUAUAUAAAAUUCAUGGUGUACGUAAUAAUGUAUUAGAUCGUAUGGAAUCAGGAGCUGUAGCUGUUAAAAAUCAAAUAAUUGAUACAGAAGCUAAAACUUACACUGAUUUUUCAACUGGUGAAACAAUGACAAUACAAGAAGCUAUUAAUAAAAAUUUAGUUCAAGCUGAAAUAAGUGAACAUGUUGAACGAAAACCAUUAGGUUUAUCAAUGCAAAAUGCUAUUCGACUUGGUUUUUAUGUAGCUGAAACAGGUAAGAAGAAACGAAUCACAGAAUCUUUUUUAUUCGAAAGAUCAAAAUACACUUGUGAAUAA